CUACAUGGCUUCUGUGAUGCCUCUGAAAAGGCAUAUUGUGCCACCAUCUAUGUGCGCACACAAUCUGACACAGUGACCACUAGUCACCUACUGGUAGCCAAGGCAAAGGUGGCUCCGCUAAAAACAAUAAGUCUGCCACGACUGGAACUAUGUGGUGCGCUACUACUAGCCAAACUCGUAUCCAUGGUGCAAACGCAUCUAAAUAUGACCAAAUACAAAUUGUAUCUCUGGUCUGAUUCUGAAAUUGUAUUAGCCUGGUUAGAAAAACCUCCACAUGCAUGGAAGACGUAUAUUUCAAAUCGAACGUCUCAAAUCCUUGACCUAGUGGGAUCAGCCACUUGGCGACACGAAAAAUCGACUCUUUUCACACGAUAUUGGAUGAUACUGACAUCCUUGAGCGAUUUUCAUUAUACCCUCGAGCCCUCAGGGUAA